GGCGUUGUCAUGCUGAGCAACCUUGCAACUGUGGUUGGGUUGGGAUUCCAGAUAGAAAAGGAAUGGGGCUCGGAAAAGGCCGGCAUCAUCGCCAUGGAUAUCAUCAACAUGGCCGCCGUCGGGACUCAGGUCGUGGUGGAGACUUUGGAAAUCGGAUUGGCGGUUUUUGGCGUCGAGAGUACGGUGCUGCCUCUGAUUGGGGCUGUUGCGGCCCUGGUUGGCAUCAUCAUCAUGUUUAUAGAGUAUAACCUCCCCUUUCCCUUCAGUUUCAUGGCAGUUGGAAAGAUUCACUAACCGUCAUCUUCAGAAUGGGCGUGAAGCAUUCUGCCCCCGAAGACCCAGCUGUAAAAUACAUCAAGGAAGAGGCUCCCACCUUCAUCAAGGAUCUCUCCAGCCGGCCCACGACCAAACUCACUUACAACAUGCCAUCCGAGGCUCCAAAGGAAGGCAGCUGGCAGUUCCAGCUCAAUAUCACCGAUGAAACAAAGAACUGUCUGGCCAUCGAAGCGUUCCACAUCACCA